AUGGAAUCAGAUGGCAUUGAAAGUGUGACAUCUUUGGAUUUGAUGGACGAGGAUGAGAUCCAUGGCCGUCCUCACCACUUUGUUUCAGUUCCAAAACCUCACAACAAUAGCAUUAACAUUCCCGGCACUACCAGUGUCCAUGAACUUCUUGAAUGCCCUGUUUGCACCAAUUCAAUGUACCCUCCAAUCCAUCAGUGUCACAAUGGGCAUACCCUUUGCUCCACCUGUAAAACAAGGGUCCAUAACCGGUGCCCAACUUGUAGACAAGAGCUUGGUGACAUAAGGUGCCUAGCACUGGAAAAGGUUGCUGAAUCUCUUGAACUGCCUUGCAAGUACUGCUCUCUUGGGUGCCCAGAGAUCUUCCCCUAUUACAGUAAACUUAAACACGAGGCUGUCUGCAACUUCAGGCCAUACAACUGUCCAUAUGCUGGAUCUGAUUGCUCUGCUGUUGGGGAUAUUCCAUUCCUUGUUACUCAUCUACGGGAUGAUCACAAAGUGGACAUGCAUUCUGGAUGCACUUUUAACCAUCGUUAUGUCAAGUCUAAUCCUCGUGAAGUAGAAAAUGCCACGUGGAUGUUAACUGUCUUCCACUGUUUUGGUCAGUACUUUUGUCUCCAUUUUGAAGCAUUCCAGCUUGGUAUGGGUCCUGUUUACAUGGCAUUUCUCCGGUUCAUGGGUGAUGAAACAGAAGCUCGGAACUACACCUACAGCCUGGAGGUUGGAGGAAAUGGCCGAAAGCUCAUUUGGGAGGGCAAUCCAAGAAGCAUAAGGGAUAGCCACAAGAAGGUUAGAGACAGCCAUGAUGGCCUCAUAAUACAGCGCAACAUGGCACUUUUCUUCUCUGGAGGGGAUAGGAAAGAGCUGAAGCUGCGAGUCACAGGACGGAUAUGGAAGGAACAGCAGAACCCAGAAGGGGCUAAAGUUUGUGAAGUACCACGUAUCAUUUGUGGUUUAAAUUGA